AUGAAGGGGGUUGAAGCUUCAUUGAAGGGAAAGUAUGGUGGCCCAUAUUUUGAGGCCUACUUCUGGCAAGCUGCUGAUGCCUACAAUGGGUGGGUCUUCAACAGAGCAAUGAGUGAAAUCAGGAAGCUUGAUGUUGAAGCUUAUGAGUAUCUUAUGAAGAUACCAUUGAAGUUAUGGGCCAGGCAUAAAUUUGACACCACCCUUUGCUGUGAUGAUAAUACCAACAACUUCACAGAAUCAUUUAAUGCCACCUUGGGCCUUGAUAGAGUUAGGCCUAUUUUGGGAAUGCUGGAAGGCAGGCAGCAUGUGGAAGAAUGGCCAGCACAUGAACUCACCCCUUAUGCCAAGGAGCAGCUAAGGAAAAAUUCAGAGGAUGCUAGAGGCUGCCAGUUGCAUAUGUCUGGCAAAGGGAAGUGGGAGGUUGUUGAGGGCAAGACAUCAUUCCCUUUGGAUAUGAAUGGCAUGUCUUGCAUGUGUGGAAGGUGGCAAAUGACUGGGAUACCUUGCAAGCAUGCUUGUAGGGUUAUCAACAACAGCAGGCUCAACCCUUCCCCAUUUGUCUCCAAUUACUACACAUCUGCCACAUACAAGCUGACCUAUGAGCUCAACAUUGCACCCAUGCCUGAUCCCUCUCAAUGGGCACCUGCAGAAGUCCCUAAUAUUGCACCACCUAGGGUGAAAAGGACUGUUGGCAGACCACCAAGAAAUAGAAAGAGGCAGCCUGGUGAGCAAAGGAAGGGGAAGAGGUCUGUCACCAUCAGGUGUACAAAGUGCAAUGAGCUUGGACAUAACAAGAGGAGUUGCAUGGGAGGUUUGACAGCAGCUCAAGAGAAGGCAGCUGGUCGAGGAAGAAAGAGGAAGAGUGCAGGUGUGGAGGAGGGUGUCUCAACACAGCCAACUGUUCAAAGUGAAGGAGGUGACAAGAAAAAGGGAAGAAAAACAAAGAAGCCAAAGUACACAACCGCAAGCUCUUCACAACCAACUUAA